CCCAUUUUGGCUAUAAAAUCAACUCAAUUUCCUUUGGCCCUCUUCACACUUCACCUAAGCAGAAGAUUUUCUCACUCUCUCUGUUCUGCUCUGAAAAUCUUGGAAAAAAUGGGGUCUACUAGUUGUGUUUUCUUGGGUAUUUUCUCUCUUGUUAUGGUGGGCUUGGUUAGUUCUUCAAAAUUUGAAGAGCUAUAUCAGCCUAGCUGGGCUUUUGACCAUUUGACAACUGAAGGAGAAAUUCUUAGGAUGAAACUUGACAGCCUUUCUGGUACUGGAUUUCAGUCAAAGGGCAAGUACAUGUUUGGUAAAGUUACUGUUCAGAUUAAGCUUGUUGAGGGUGACUCUGCUGGAACUGUAACUGCUUUCUAUAUGUCGUCAGAUGGACCAACCCACAAUGAGUUUGAUUUUGAGUUUCUUGGUAACACAACUGGUGAACCAUACACUGUUCAAACCAAUGUAUAUGUCAAUGGUGUUGGUAACAGGGAACAAAGAUUGAACCUUUGGUUCGACCCAUCUAAGGAUUUCCACUCUUAUUCCAUCUUGUGGAACCAACGCCAAGUUGUAUUCUUGGUAGAUGAGACACCAGUUCGUGUACACUCGAAUUUGGAGCACAAAGGGAUACCAUUCCCCAAGGACCAACCAAUGGGUGUAUACAGUUCAAUAUGGAAUGCAGAUGAUUGGGCUACACAAGGCGGAAGGGUAAAGACUGAUUGGUCGCACGCGCCCUUCGUUGCAUCCUACAAGGGAUUUGAGAUUAACGGUUGUGAGUGCCCCGCAACUGCUGCAGUCGCUGAGAAUACUCAGCGUUGCAGCAGCAAUGGUCAGAAGAGGUACUGGUGGGAUGAACCGGUUAUGUCCGAGUUAAGUGUGCACCAGAGCCAUCAGUUGAUUUGGGUCAGGGCUAACCAUAUGGUCUAUGAUUAUUGCACUGAUACUGCUAGGUUCCCUGUUGCCCCUGUUGAGUGCCAGCACCACCAGCACAAGACUACUCAUAACUAGCAGGCAAUAUCUGAGUUAAGCUUUGGGGAUUUGGAGUUCAGUGUUGCAUUGUAUAGAAAGUUUAAAAGAAAAAAAAAUGACAUGAACUCCAUGUUACAUUAUUUUGGUGCCAUCUCUCCUCUAUUGUACUAUGUAAAAAAAUUUUAUCAUCUCUUUGUUUAAUGUUUAUGUUUUUUUCAAUGGAGUAUUUUCAUUUGGAUUCUAA